AUGAUGAUGUCGCAACAUCUUCGCAACAUCGCCCUUUCCCUGGAACUCUUCGCCCUUCUCACCCAAGCCGCGUUUCUCAACUACACUGGAGAAGCAAUCACAACACGGUAUUGGGAUUGCUGUAAGCCCUCGUGCGGGUGGAACGGAAAGGCCGAUUUUUCAAGUCCUGUCGAGUCAUGUACGGCCGAUGACAAGCCCACCGAUGCUGCUUCUGGUACCGGAUGUAACGGAGGCACUGCAUUUUCAUGCUCUGGUCAACAGCCAUGGGCUAUCAACGACACCGUGGCUUAUGGCUUUGCUGGCGCCUUUAUCGAACCAUCUCUCACACAUGGCGGCAUUGAGGAUGCCUGGUGUUGCGCGUGCUAUCAGUUGACAUUUACGAGUGAGCCUUUGAUUGGGAAAAGCAUGAUUGUCCAAGCCUCCAAUACCGCCUACGAUGUGACGGCUACCAACCGCUUCUCACUUGCAAUUCCUGGUGGCAACACAACAUCAACAAAUGCAUGCGCCAAGCAGUAUGGCGUAGACCAAUCCGUCUUCGGACAAAACAUGGAAGGUGUCCGCUCCCUUGACGACUGUGAAAACCUACCCGAGAACCUGAGAGCUGGAUGCCAGUUCCGAUUUGAUUGGUUCAAAGAUGCAUCAUACCCAAGCGCAAACUUCAAACGCGUCGUCUGUCCUGCAGAAAUUACAGCCAAAACAGGCUGCAUCCGUAAUGACGAUCAAGUGCUUGCCCGUGGCGGUCAAGUCUCGGCCGCCCAGAGCCUCACAUCCCCAUCCAGCACUUCUACUAUGGCUUUGUUCGCCGCCAUAAUACUAGGCCUAAUAUCGAUAUAG